AUGGAAUCCCAAUUCAACAGAAAUGCAAUCCAGCCAGAUCCACCUAUUGCGCCAACAAGCCGAUAUAUGUUGGAAAGACGCCUCCUAGGUGAUGAACUCAAAAUACGACAAUUCAUUGGCAAGCCUUCAGAAUUUGGCCCCUUUUGGGAGCUCUUUGAAGAGCUAAAAAGCUUUCAAUGCUUCUUAGCAGCUGCAAGUGACGCUGCCGGAGCACUUCAAAUGAUUUCGCGAACAGGAGAUUCCUAUGACAAAGCGGUUCCUCAGCUCAAAACCCAAUACGAAGAUCCCAAACAGAUAACACUACAAAUGAUGCGCCAGCUCAAAUCGAUGAAGCAAUGCCGAGAGGAUCCCAGAUCACUUAUGAACAACAUCAGCGAUCUCCAUGCAGUUAGAGCAACAUUGGAAAAGCAAGGUGAAACUGUCAAUACUACAUGCAUGCAAAGUAUGGUGCUUGAAACCUUUCCACAAACAAUCCAUGACGAAAUGGCCAAAAAAGGAUUCGAUUUAGAUAAAACUUAG